GAAGGAGAAUCGAGGUUCGGCGCGGGCGGGGACGAGAAGCAGCGCUCGGGCACGCGGGGACGGCGGCCGGCGCGGGCGGGCGCGGCCUUUGUCUCCUCCUCUGGCGCGCUCCGUGGCUGCACCCGCCCCAUGAGCCCGCGGUCCCCCAGCGCCUGAGCCGCCCGCAGCCCCUGACCUGACCUGCCCUCGCAAUGGCCGAAGCUGCCUCCGGCGCCGGGGGCACGUCCCUGGAGGGUGAGCGUGGCAAGAGGCCCCCGCCGGACGGCGAGCCUGCAGCCCCGGCGUCCGGAGUUCUGGAUAAGCUUUUUGGGAAGCGGCUCCUGCAGGUGGGUCGGUACCUGGUGUCCCACAAGGCAUGGAUGAAGACGGUGCCCACAGAAAACUGCGACGUGUUGAUGACCUUCCCAGACACGACCGAUGACCACACGCUGCUAUGGCUGCUGAACCACAUCCGCGUGGGCAUCCCCGAGCUCAUCGUGCAAGUCCGCCACCAUCGCCACACGCGUGCCUACGCCUUCUUCGUCACCGCCACGUAUGAGAGCCUACUCAGAGGGGCCGACGAGCUGGGUCUGCGCAAAGCAGUGAAGACUGAGUUUGGCGGGGGCACCCGCGGCUUCUCCUGCGAGGAGGACUUCAUCUACGAGAAUGUGGAGAGUGAGCUGCGGUUCUUCACGUCCCAGGAGCGCCAGAGCAUCAUCCGCUUCUGGCUGCAGAACCUCCGUGCCAAGCAGGGCGAGGCACUGCACAAUGUGCGCUUUCUGGACGACCAGCCAAUCAUCCCUGAACUGGCGGCCCGCGGGAUCAUCCAGCAGGUGUUCCCAGUGCACGAGCAGCGCAUCCUGAACCGCCUCAUGAAGUCAUGGGUGCAGGCUGUGUGUGAAAACCAGCCUCUAGAUGAGAUCUGCGACUACUUUGGCGUGAAGAUUGCCAUGUACUUCGCCUGGCUGGGUUUCUACACAUCGGCAAUGGUGUACCCGGCGGUCUUCGGCUCUGUCCUGUACACCUUCACGGAGGCUGAUCAGACAAGCCGGGAUGUAUCCUGCGUGGUCUUUGCCCUCUUCAACGUGGUCUGGUCAACGCUCUUCUUGGAGGAGUGGAAACGGAGGGGAGCAGAGCUGGCCUACAAGUGGGGGACGCUGGACUCACCCGGGGAAGCUGUGGAGGAGCCACGGCCCCAGUUCAGGGGCGUGCGGCGCAUCAGCCCCGUGACUCGGGCCGAGGAGUUCUACUACCCGCCCUGGAAGCGGCUGCUCUUCCAGCUGCUUGUGAGUCUCCCCUUGUGCCUCACCUGCCUGGCCUGUGUGUUCCUGCUCAUGCUCGGCUGCUUCCAACUGCAGGAGCUGGUGCUGAGUGUGAAGGGGCUGCCCCGUCUCGCCCGCUUCCUUCCCAAAGUCAUGCUGGCCCUGCUGGUCAGUGCAAGCGCCGAGGGCUACAAGAAGCUGGCCAUCUGGCUCAACGACAUGGAGAACUACCGGCUGGAGAGCGCCUACGAGAAGCACCUCAUCAUCAAGGUUGUCCUGUUCCAAUUUGUCAACUCAUACCUGAGCCUCUUCUACAUUGGCUUCUACCUCAAGGACAUGGAGCGCCUGAAAGAGAUGCUGGCCACUCUGCUGAUCACCCGCCAGUUCCUCCAGAAUGUUCGAGAGGUCUUGCAGCCGCACCUGUACCGGCGGCUGGGCCGUGGCGAGCUUGGCCUGCGGGCUGCCUGGGAGCUGGCCCGUGCCCUGCUUGGCCUACUGAGCCUCCGGCGCCCUGCACGGCACCUCGAACCCCAGGCUGAAGAGGGUGUCGGUGGCAGCAGCGGUGUGGGGGGCCGCAGGUGUCUCAGUGGGGCCUGCGGGGCACCUGAGGAGGAGGAGGAGGCCACAAUGGAGCGUCGGCCAGCGGGGGAAGGUGGGGAGGUGGGGGACGGGCCUCGCCGGGGCAGGGAGGAGGAGGAGGAGGACGAGGAUGAGGAUGAGGACGAAGAGGAGGAGGAGGAUGAGGAGGAAGGCGAGGAGGGCGGCCUCUUGGACUGCGGGCUUCGGCUGAAGAAGGUCAGCUUUGCUGAGCGGGGGGCUGGGCGGCGGCGGCUGGGCCCAAGCCCGGAGGCCCUCCUGGAGGAGGGGAGCCCCACCAUGGUGGAGAAGGGGCUGGAAGCUGGCGUGUUCACGCUGGCCGAGGAGGACGAUGAGGCCGAGGGGGCUCCCAGCAGCCCUGAACGGGAGCCCCCAGCUGUCCUGCUCUGCCGGCCCAGAGGUGAGGGCCGCGACCAGGGCCCCGAUGGGGGCCCAGACCCAGAGCCGGGCUUGGGUGACUCAGCCCGGAAGCAGCGGCGGCAGAAUCGGUCAUCUUGGAUCGACCCACCCGAGGAGGAACACUCGGCCCAGCUCACCCAGGCCGAGCUCGAGAGCUGUAUGAAGAAAUACGAGGACACGUUCCAGGACUAUCAGGAGAUGUUCGUGCAGUUUGGCUACGUCGUGCUCUUCUCGUCUGCCUUCCCCCUGGCUGCCCUCUGCGCCCUCAUCAACAACCUCAUCGAGAUCCGCAGUGAUGCCCUCAAGCUGUGCACGGGGCUGCAGCGGCCCUUUGGGCAGCGGGUGGAGAGCAUUGGCCAGUGGCAGAAGGUGAUGGAGGUCAUGGGCGUCCUGGCAAUCGUAGUCAACUGCUAUCUAAUUGGCCAGUGUGGGCAGCUGCAGCGCCUCUUCCCCUGGCUCAGCCCCGAGGCGGCCAUCGUGUCCGUGGUGGUGCUUGAGCACUUCGCUCUGCUCCUCAAGUACCUCAUCCACGUGGCCAUCCCCGACAUCCCGGGCUGGGUGGCCGAGGAGAUGGCCAAGCUGGAGUACCAGCGCCGGGAGGCCUUCAAGAGACAUGAGCGCCAGGCCCAGCACCGCUACCAGCAGCAGCAGCGGCGGAGGCGGGAGGAGGAGGAGCGCCAGCGCCACGCGGAACAUCAUGCCCGGAGGGAGCGCGACGCCAGUGGCCGGGAGGAAGCUCGGGCUGAGGGCUCCGGGUUGGACCCUGCUGCCCCAGAGAAGGCCUCGGCCAAGGCCAAGGGCAGUGGGGCGGCAGGAGGCCAUGGGCCGGAGCGGCCCAAGCGCCCGGGGUCCCUGCUGGCACCUAACAACGUCAUGAAGCUGAAGCAGAUCAUCCCACUGCAGGGCAAGUUCCUGUCGUCCGGGGCUGCAUCUUCGCUGGCCGGCGCGGGGGCCAACCUCACUGCCCGGCCGCCCCCUGCCCCGUCUCCCACAGGCAGUGACACCCGCCUGCCGGCCUUCCUCAGCUUCAAAUUCCUCAAGUCGCCCGAGACCCGGCGGGACCCAGAGCGUAGCCACUCGCCGCCCAAGGCCUUCCACGCCGGCAAGCUCUUCCCCUUCGGCGGGGCCCGGGCUGAGGCCGGGUCCAACGGGGCGGGCGGGCAGGCCCGGCAGGACGGGACCCCCGGCGGUGGCAGUGGUGGUAGCCGAGCCCAGCGGAGUGGGCCGGCAGACGAGGCCGCAGCUGAGGAGCCGGACACACCCCGGCCCGAAGAGGAAGGCUCAGGGACAGCGCCGGCCCCUGAGGGCGCCCCGGCCCUCCUCACCCGCCGCAGCCGGAGCCCUGCGCCGCCGCCGCCGCCGCCGCCAACACCGCUGCCCCGGCCCCCGACGCCACCCGCCGGCUGCUGGCAGUGGGAUGGGCCGUGGGGCUGCGGGGGCGAGGGCGCCGCCCCCCGCCAGGCCCCUGCCGCCGCCGCCGCCGCCGAGUGUCCGCCCUGCGCCCUCGCCGGGCCCCUGCCCGCCCCGGCAGCUGGCGUCCUGCCGGGGGACGCCAGCUUCUACAGCCUCCCGCCGCCGCCUCCCACCUCCGAGCCCCCGGAGCCCCCGGCACCGUCGCCCAACCCCAGCUCCAGUCCCAGCCCCAGUCCCCAGGCCGUGUGCUGGCCCAGCGGCUGGCAUUAGCUCCGCCCGCCCUGCCUUCCUGUUUUCAUAUGCAAUAUCAAUCACGGACGGGGCGGCAGCCGCCACCCAGAAAACGCUGCGGUCGGGCCCGAUGUAUCCCAGUAUUGGCUGCCCCCUCCUGGGGCAGGGCCGGGGGCCUGGGGCCCCUCUAUCUGCCGUUUUCCUUUCGACCAGGAUGGGGGGACAGGAAAGGAAACCCCCCCAAAAACAACAGAAAACACACACAGAAUAGGCGAUUAUUUAUUUGUUUUUAAUUUAUUUUGUCAUAUUUUUGUAAAACGGCAGAAAUGCAAUAAAAAGUAUAUUUCAACAGUG